CUCUAUCCAAAAUCUGUGGCUCUGUUUGUGCUCUAUUCUCUGUGCUCUGGGAGUGACUCCAUAUGUGUUUUCCUUUUUGAUAAAGGAGCUUAUUUUUGUUUGAAAUUUGCAAAUAUAUACAGAAUUUACCCAUUAGUCUUGUUACACCAGUUUUAACAUAGUAUUUGUUUAAACGUACAUAAAAUCUAAUUAAAAUAAACUAAAAGUUACUUUGCAUUAUUUAAUUUAUCAAUAUUUUGAAGGGAUAAGUCGUCAGCUAUAAAAAAAUGAAACCAAGCGGUGGCGGUGACGAAUAUGAGGAACCAGAGCAUAUGCGUAAAUUGUUUAUAGGAGGCCUAGAUUACCGUACUAAUGACGCCUCACUGAAAGAAUUUUAUGAACAAUGGGGUGAAAUUGUAGAUGUGGUCGUAAUGAAAGACCCACAAACUAAGAGAUCGAGAGGUUUUGGUUUUAUUACUUAUUCUAGAGCUCAUAUGGUUGAUGAUGCUCAGAAUAGCAGACCUCAUAAAAUCGAUGGAAGAGUUGUUGAACCAAAGAGGGCAGUGCCAAGAGAAGAAAUAAAUAGACCAGAUGCCAGUGCCACAGUUAAAAAAUUAUUUGUUGGAGGCCUUAAACAAGAUAUAGAGGAAGAAGACAUAAGAGACUACUUUAGUUCUUAUGGAAAUAUUCUAUCCGUUACCUUGGUUACUGAAAAAGAUACAGGAAAGAAAAGAGGUUUUGCAUUUGUGGAGUUUGAUGAUUAUGAUCCAGUUGACAGAAUAUGUUUGCAACAAAAUCACAAGGUUAAGGGCAACCGGCUUGAUGUGAAGAAAGCCUUGUCUAAAUCCGAGAUGUCGGGAGGCGGUGGCGGCGGGGGUGGUGGUGGCGGCGGACGGCGUGGAGGUAGAGGCGGUGGUGGUGGCGGUGGCUGGGGUAACCGGCAGAACCAGGACUGGGGUGGUUCAGAUGAUGGUGGAUAUAAUUCAGGAUAUGGACAAGGAGGAUGGGGCAACCAUAAUCCAUGGGAGUCCAACAAUUCCGGAGGCAACUGGGGUAAUCAAGGCUACGGCGAUCAGGGUGGCUGGGGUCAGUCCUCUAACAAUUUUGGUGGUGGCUACCAACAAGGUUUUAGCGGUGGUCCAAUGAGGGGUAACUACAACACUUCAAGGUCCCAGCCUUAUAAUACAGGCGGCGGAGGUAGCGGAUAUACGACGGGUGGUGGUGGCGGCGGCGGCUCAGGCUACAACACUAUGGGCAACUCGUCCUCUGGUGGAAAUCAGCGCAGGUUCUAAAGCAUCACUAAGCCUCUUGUCUCAAGUUACGCUUAGUUGAAGCUAGGCAGGCAGGCAGGCGGUAGUAUAGUGACGUAGCAGGCGGAAGGUAGGCCACGCAACAGCUAGCUAGUGAGGGCCAAGCGGACUUAGUGAAGCGACCACAUUUAAUUAGUCAUUUAACAUUUUAUUUCUCCUUCAAGUAAGGUUUGUUCACAAUAAGGUACUGUGUAGGCACCACAUCAAUUUUUCUUAAGUUUUUGCAAAUUAGCACAUCACAGUUUUUACAUUUGAAACAAGUAAGUGUUGAAGCACACCUGUGUCUUUUAUUAAAUGUAACACAAAGGAAUAAUUUUUGUCUUGAAUCCAUUUGUACUGUAAAAACUGUGGCUUCAAAGCAAUAUUUUCAUUUCUAGUCUAUAAGAAUUAUAUUUUAUAUAGAUUAUGUUAUAAAUGUUGGUCACUUUAUUUUUUUUUUUUUAUGACGCUCAGCUACGUUUAGUUACGACAUUCCAAAAUAAUUUGAAAAGACCUAAACAAGAUAAAAUGACUUAUUUUGUUGAGAAUGUUUUAGCUGAUAUCGUUUAUACGGACUUCAGUGUAAUUAUUUAUAUCAGUUAACUAUACUAUAUGUAGAGAUAUAUUACUUAAAUAAGUGGUUUAAUUAUUAUAUUUAAAAAUUACUCAAAGGUACAUUACUAUAACUAAUUUAAUUAACGUAAAGAUAUUAUUUUUACUUGUUAAUUGAUUUAAAAUGUGAAAGUUGUUAUACUUAUAGUAUACUGUUCUAAUGUGUUCCUGUUAUAUUCUUGCGAAACAUUUAAUUUCGUUGUAUUCUAAAUGUGUGGAGUAAAAUAUUUUAGUUAUUAUUAUUUUGUGUGCAUCAAAUUAAAUAUAUGGUGUUUUCCAUGGACUCUUCUACACGGACGAGAGACUCGAGUGGAAAAGGCCAUGGUAAGUGGACUUUGCCCAAAUAAAAAUAUAAAAAAAAUCACAA